UUUUUUUCCUCUGUCCAGCAGUAGUACUAGUGGGAACAAAGGAAGACUCCGUCCCUUCACCAGAGGCGACAGCUGCUCGAGCUCUCCUUCUGUUUCCGGGAAGGGGGAACAAUGGCGCCCUCUCUUCCUCCUCCAUAGCUCGUCUCUGCAUCCACCCGAGCUGACCUGUUCAGAGUUUCAGACAGGGACGAGACUGUUCACGAGCGAGCCAUUCAGCCGCGUACGUGGGGCUUACCUUGUGCCAGGCGCCAAGCGGAAGCGGCGCCGCAGGCGAAGCGACGAGGCAGUCAGUCAGCAGCAGCUAGGUCUACCUAGCGAGAGCAUCACUUCACAGGAACACGCCGCGUCGAGCCGAAUUCCCGUCCCGGAUUCCCAGCGAGGGCCGGCCGGCCGGCCAUGGAGACGCUGCAGCAUCAUCAGCAGGAGCAGGAGCAGGAGGUGGAGGCUCGGCUGCCCGCGUGCCCGCCAUGGCUGCAGACGGCCAUCGCAGACAUCGAGCAGCGGGUGCGCGCGCUGGCGGUGAGCCUGCCGGACGACGCGGCGGCGGCGGCCACGGACCACUCCUUCGCGGAGCGCGCCGAGAACUACUACCACCGGCGCCCGCAGCUGCUGGCGCUGCUCACCGACCUGCACCACCGCUACCUCUACCUCGCCGACCGCUACUCCCAGUCCCUGCUCGCCAAGUCACAUACCCACCACCUCAGCGUCGUGCAUGCGGCGGUCUCCGAGUGCUCGUCCGACGUCGACGACCGCUCCUCCGACGCCGGCAGCUCCCUCUCCUUCCAGCCCCACCACAGCGCCAACGAUGACCACCAACACCGCCGCCACCCCGUUGCUCCGGGCGCGGACGUUGAGCUGGUCGUCGCGGAGCUGGUCAUGGCGUGGGUGCACCGGGACGUGCUGGCACACGAGGCGGAGCGGCGCAACGCGGAGGCGGCGCGGAAGAUCGACCUGCAGGGGAGCCUCCUCGAGGUGCUCGAGUCGGAGCGGCUGGUGCUGCUGGGCGAGAACGCGCGGCUGGGGUUCCGGGCCGCCGCCGCCGAGGAGGAGGCCGCGGGGGCCGCCGCCGAGCUCGGCUACGCGCGCCGCCGCGCCGCCGAGAUGGCGCGGCUCGUGGUGAAGCUGCGCGAGGACCACCGCGUGUGCAUGCUGGGGCGGAAGAUCGAGGCGCUGCAGGCGCAGGUGUACGGGCUGGAGAUGCGCAACCGGGAGUGCUACGAGGCCAUGGCGGCAUGGGAGGCCGAGCGCAAGGCGUCUGCCAACGAGAUCGACAGGUUGCGGAGCGAGAACCGGCGGUUGGCUGCCGAGGCGCAGGCUGCAAGGGAACGUGAGGCGGCGAGGAGGGGGAAGAAGGGCGGUGCCGGCGGCGGGUGGUGGUGGCUGGCGAGGGUGCGGCUGGCGACGGAGUGGACGCCCUGCGCGCCGGCGUCGGUCACGGUGAGGAAGGUCGGCGAGCAGAUCAAGGGCGGCAAUGGCGGCGCCAAGUACAACGGCGGCUGCUUCUGCCUCUAGGCAUCGGCAUCGGCGGCGGCGCGCGCUCUGUUCUUUUUGCGCCUCUUUUUUUGGUUUGCCCCUUGGAUUAUGGUGAUAUCAGGGAGGGGUCAGGCUCAGGUCAAAGUGGUUCAGCCUGGGUUAUUAUGGCGGCAAAGCAGGGUGUAAAACGAUAAGUAGCUGGCUGUCACUGGACUGGUUUACUCCAGCUGCGCGGUUUCUGUUAGCGUAGAUGGAGACGGCAAGUAUAUAUGCUCGUACUCGUAUAAUGACAAGUAGUGGUGAUUCGUGUAUUGAGUAAUGUGUGACCCUAAGUUACUAGUAGUUGAAUCUGCUCCCACUCUCGAUA